AUGGCACAGGUACCACAGCAAGCCCGUGCCUUGUGCUCCGAGUUCCAGGGCAUCCUCCAGCUCAGCCACUGCACUGAGCACAAGGACUCUCUGUGGGGCCCAGGAGCAGGAAGUCACCCCUUUGGGGCCAACACCCGGCUGUCCCCACACUUGUGUCCAGGGAAGAUAGUGUUGAGGGCCCUCAAGGAGAGCGGGGCAGGGAUGCCUGAGCAGGACAAGGACCCUAGAGUCCAAGAGAGUCCUGAUUAUCAGAGAAGAGUCCCCGAGGUCACCGGGGAUGCACGGUCUGAAUUUAGGCCCCUGCGGGACAAUGGAGGCCUCUCUCCCAUUGUGCCCAGGCCUGGGCCCGUGCAGAGAGACCUCCAUGCCCAGAGGUCAGAAGUCACAUAUCACGAGAGAUCCCAGACCUCCUGGACGAGCUCGUGCACCAAACGCAAUGCCAUCUCGAGCUCCUACAGCUCCAUGGGAGGCUUCCCGUGGCUAAAGCGGAGGAGGGGGUCAGCCUCAUCCCACUGCCAGCUGACCAUCAGGUCCUCAAAGACAGCGAGAGAGGACAGGCCUCAGGCUGUCUCUUCGGGUCACACCCGGUAUGAAAAGGCAGCAGAUAUAGCACCAGGGCAGACACUCGCUCCCAGGAAUGGCUCCCCCAGAUCCCAGGCGUCUAGGCCCCGUAGACGCAAGUUUCCCCUGCAGCCACGCAGGCGAGGGGAGCCCCUGAUGCUGCCGCCUCCCUUAGAGCUGGGGUUCCGGGUCACUGCUGAAGACCUGGACCGGGAGAAGGAGGCUGCGUUCGAGCGCAUCAACAGUGUACUGCGGGGCGAGCCCAAGGCCAUCUGGGACUGCAGACCCUCAUGGCCUGCCAACGCUUUGUCCUCACUUGCAACAGGGGCUUCUGGUCUGCCUGCUGUCUCUAAAGCACCCGGUAUGGAUGCACAGCAGGAGAGACACAAGUCCCAAGACUGCCUGGGCCCAGUGGCCCCCCUAACAUCUGCUGCAGAGGUCCCCUCCACAGCUCCUGUGUCUGGGAGGAAGCGCAGACCAUCAGGCUCCCUGUUCUCCUCCUCAGAUCCCCUUCCUGCCACCUCUUCCCACUCCCGGGACUCAGCCCAGGUCACCUCGCUGAUUCCUGUCCCCUUCCUAGCUGCAAGCAUGGAUGUGGGCAUGAGAAGCCCAAGGCCUGGCACUUCUGGAGCCAGUUCUAGCCCUCCAGCCACACCCAUGGAAAUCGACAGUACAGAGGUGGGCCCAGGUCUGCAUUCUGGAGCCAGUUCUAGCCCUCCAGCCACACCCAUGGAAAUUGACAGUACAGAGGUGGGCCAGGUCUGCAUUCCGUCAGAAGAAACCCUUUAA